AGUUUUUACAAGCUAUGUUCUCGGUCGAAACAAAUAAUUUCCAAAUAUGAGUAGUAAAAUAUGAUUCUCUGUAUUGCUUAAGCCUCGAGGACAUGUGGUAGAUGUUUUCUUGAAUUUCUACAAUAUAGUUUUAUCUUGACAUUUAUACAUAAUGUGACUACAAAACACGUAAAUAUACAAAAAAUGUACACGCUUAAAAGUCUUUCUCAACAGAAAACUAUAUUCCUAAAUAUGCGUAAUAAAGUUACUUGCCAAUUAUUGUUCGCCGCCGUGAGAACUUCAAAUCCAACAUAUUAAAUAGUUUCCAUUACCAGAAAUAUGUAUAUGACUCAUUACCGACAUAAAUGCCCAUAUACGUACUUCCUUGAUCACAGAAAAUAUAAUAUAGACGAAGACGUGAUAAAAAUAUGGGAAGAACGUUUUUCCCGUAAAGUCAAGGAAGCUAAGAGCUUUACUAAAAGGUUAGAAUAUGAACUGGCAAUAAUGAAUGUGAAAUAUCCUUUCUUGGAAAUAUCUCAAUGUAGAGGUCGAGCACUUGCAAAAAUGAACAUUCCUUCAUUUAUGGGACAAAUUCCUACUUUAAGAACAUUAUAUCAACUGGCAACACCUCAAAGCAAAGCUAAUGUUAUACAGACAGCUUCAACGCUUUAUCCAAAAAGGAAUAAGGCUAAACAAGGUCUAAAAUCUAGAUCAAAAGAUGAUAAAACAACAAAGACAAAUAGGGCUAAAGUCCAGAUAUAUGAAGAUCCUACAGUAUCCAAUGAAGAUUGUGAUCAGUCACAGAAAAGUCAAAAUCACUAUUCAGAACUGCACAUCUGUAAGGAUAUUCAAACCAUUCCUUCAAAUAUUGGGAGAUUGAUUACUUCAAACUUUUGUACUUCACUGGUAACUGAAAUCAAACAAAAGGAAAUUUCAAUAGACAUACACAAAAGAAACAGACAAUAUAUUAUUAAGAAAAGAAACAGACAAAAUAUUACUAAGAAAAGAAACAGGGUAAAAAAGCAAAUAUCUAAAGCAAUACGCAGCACAGGAGACAGAAAAGAGAAAAGAAAUAUGGAUACUAAAGGAAAAGAAAAUAUUGAGGUAGAAUGUUGUGUAGUGAAGACAAAGAUAUUCUGUACUUCAAAACACAGAGCAAAUAACUAUCAAGAAAAUAAACUGGUCAAAGAUUCUGAAACAGAAGAAAAGGAGGAAGAUAUUCACAUGUCAGAAGUGAAUACUGAAAGGACGUAUAUACAACAACAAUGGCAGGCUAAGAAUAAUAAUUCUACACUUGGAGCUGACCUUCUAUCUUCUACAAGAGAAGCAAAUAAAGCUCAUAAUGGAGACAAUGCUUACUCUAGUGACUACACAUCUUCUGCUCCAAGUUCACCCCUUCUCUUCACUGAUGAGUCAAUUCUACAGACAAACAAUGGAUCAAAUGUGCUACCCCAGUACUCACCAGUCCACUAUGUAUCAUUAUGUACAUAUUCAUCAUCACAGGAAAGUCAUUCUGACACUGAGGAUUCCAAAACAGUAUCAGGUGGUGAAGAAGUAUAUUCUGAGUCUCCACACACUCUUCAGAAAAAUGAUACAUUCUUACCAAGUAUGUUUAAUCCAUUAUCAAUGAAAGAAGAUGAUAUUGUGAGGUCAAUAUCAUAUAGAAAAUUAUACAACACUCUUGGCAGUGGUUCAGAGAAAUGUGCAACUGCCACUACCCAAAUAACUGAUGACAAUUUUCUGGCUGAUGAUCAUGGUACACCUGCAGGGAAUACAAAUUCAUCAAGUGAUGCAGACUUCUUGGCUGAUAUGUUUGACAAGACAGCACAGGUCUACCAUCAUCACUUAAGAGCAGUGGCAAAUCCAGAUCUCUUAAUAGUCAACUGUAAAACAGCACUGGAUAUAUAACAUUACUCCACUCUAAGAAAUUGCAUGGAGAACUGGAAGGUUAUAUCACCACUUGCAUUUUCUGGCAAACAUGGGA